CGACUUGGACAAAAUGCUAGACUGCCCUGUGCACCUGCUGUUGUUAUUCAUGUUAAUAAUGUCUGUUUUCUUUUGGCAGGUGUAUGCCCCGUCUCCCAACACAGAAGACUUCAACAGAGAUUCUCCCUCCUACUCAUCUCCCAAACCCCCCAGCAGUAUGUUUGCAACCACUUUCUUUGAUGGGACCCACAACUCUUCUGAUCCGUGGAAUUCCUCCAAUGGGAUCAACCAGCCUAGUUAUGGAGGAAUGCUGGGAGGAUCUUCAUCUCACAUGCCGCAGUCAGGAAAUUACGUCAACAUGCACUCACAUGACCGCCUGAAUUACCCUCCACACUCUGUGUCGCCGACAGACAUCCAUGCCAGUCUUCCUCCAAUGUCCAGCUUCCACCGCAGCAACGCCAGCACUUCACCAUUCGUUAACCCAACACACACCSCGCCUGUCAACACCACCGACGGGGYCAUGGUUGCUSCAAAUCGGGGGAACGCCWCUGGAAGCCAGCAGACUGGAGAUGCMCUGGGCAAAGCCUUGGCUUCRAUUUAUUCACCUGACCACACCAGCAGUAGUUUUCCAUCCAACCCCUCCACCCCUGUAGGAUCUCCGUCGCCCCUGACUGGCACAGCAGGUGCUGCCGCCUCAGCAGGUACAGUGGUGACCACCGGCGCCCCCUCUGGAAGGGCAGGUACCAACCAAUGGUCCCGUGGUGCAGCCGGACAGAGCCCGUCCUCCCCCAACUAUGAGAACUCCCUGCACUCACUGGUAAGUCUCCCUGCCCCCCCCUCUCUUCCCUUCCCCCACACCCUGAGCACUUUUUAA